UGAAACUUCUCGUGCGGGACAGACAACAAAAGCUGGCCGCCGCCGCCGCUAGGUUAGCAUUGCUAAGCUAAUGGGACCGAGCAUCAUUGUUCGCUCGGGACUUUUGUUGUGGGUCAUACCCCUGUUGGCUGCUCCAUCAUCGCCUAUGCUCAUUUCGGUGUCCGCUGGGACCGAGUCGCCGGCUCUCAUGAAAACCGAUGACACUGACUAGUACAUCGUAGGUUUUCCCCACCCACUCGCCAGCAUGAGCAUCAUUCAAGACAAGCUAGGCAACGACUUCCUGCGCCCCAACGGCGGCAUGGACGCCAACUUUGGCGCGGGCAUGAUCAUGUUCAGCCACCUGCCGCCCGUCACCAGCUUCACCCGGCUGCAUUCAGUGGGGCCGCAGGAGAUGAUCCUGAAGAAGGAGAGGGACUCGCCCGACUGCAGUGGUGGCAGCAUGUCAGGAGCGGGCGACUACGUCCAUGCCCUCGGCAUCAAGCAGGAGAAGGUGUCUGAGCAUGACUACCGCCUCCCGUUGUACCCGGGUGCACUGGUCAAGAGCCCCGAGCUACUGGAGGUCACCGUCAGUAACCAGAACCUGCUGGUGCAUGAAGUCAACAUGGCCAACCUGCCGAGUCAGUUAGGAAAGGAGCCUGCUGGGAAGAAAGGUCGUAGGUCAAACGGUGAUGGACAAGAAGGCCGGCCAAGGAAGAAGCGGAGCGAGGCGAAGUCCAUGAUGGAUGGAGAUGGGGGCAGCAUGUCGCCGGGGAACAAACCUCACAUCUGCGAGCACUGCAACGCCGCUUUCAGGAGCUCUUAUCACCUGCGUAGACACGUCCUCAUUCACACUGGGGAGCGACCGUUCAUAUGCAGCCAGUGUAACAUGAGUUUCAUCCAGAAGUACCUCCUCCAGCGGCAUGAGAAAAUCCACAGUGGAGAGAAGCCAUUCAGCUGCGAUCAGUGCAACAUGCGCUUCAUCCAGAAGUACCACAUGGAGAGACACAAGCGCACACACAGUGGAGAGAAGCCCUACAGAUGUGAGAACUGCCAACAGUUUUUUUCCAGGACAGACCGACUGCUGAAGCACAAGCGGACGUGUGGAGACGCCCUGAGGAAAGUUCUGGAUCCUAGCAUGCUGGACAUGGGUUGUGUUGACAUGAGCGGCUAUGGGAUCACCCAGGGAAACGCGGCAGCAGGCAGUGGAAGAAAAAAAGGCAGGUCCAAAAAUCCUGGCGAAGGAGGCACUCGGAAGAAGAAGAAGGGGGACGCUGGGUUGAGAGUACCUCACAUUCCCACAACUGUCAGUGGAGCCUACAGCGUCCACGAUUACUCAGUGGAGAAUGAAACCGUGUCCUCGUCCACAGAGCCGGGUCCCAGCAUGCAACACCAGAGCCGUGCCCCCAAGAUGCCGUUCAAGAAGGCCCAUCGAAAAGGUCCGGAAAAGGGCGUGAAGGUGGAUUCGAUGGAGCACAGUGUGGAUCCCAUGCCGACAAAUGGUGGCAAAGUGGGCAACAACAACAACUACGACGACGCCAUGCAGUUCCUCAAAAAGCGGCGCUACCUCCAUAACGUCACGUCUUCAACAGGAAGUGGCGGCACCGAGUACGACUUGCUGUCCUCGCAUCCGACAGUCAUCCAGAUGACGGACGCUGACUCGGGUCUGGACAAGUCAUCCGGCAUUCCAGAUGAGGUGCUGCAGAGCCUGCUGGAGCACUACACGCACAAGCCCGACGCCUCGCACCACCACGACAUCCAUUUUGAUCUGGGCGACCACCAUGUGGAGGAGCUUCAGCCCGCCUCGGCCGAAGACCUGGACGCCAGUCCGUCCGGCGACAAGGGUGUCAUGAUGAACGAGUACUCACGCUUCCUUCUGCAGGCUCUGGAGCGCACCAGCCAUAGUGCCGGCUUCCCCCUGGCCACCCAGUCUUCCGGACCCUUCCUUUACUCCGAGUGCGGCUUCGGGUCAUCGGGGGCGGCCGACUCCUCACCUCAGCACGUCUUCCACCUCCUGGAUGCCACUCACCACCACCAGCUCACCCCUUCGCAGGAGCUCAACGCCUCCGCCACACCGCCAUCAUCAUCAUCCUACCAGAUCAGCCCGGCGGACCUCAGCGGCCACAAAGAGGGGCCACCUGCCAAGAACGGUGCCACUGUUAUAUUCCCGAUGGCAUCCAAAGCCGCACCCUACCAGAUAGAACAUUUUGCACAGGCUUUCGGCUCGCAGUUCAAAUCCGAAGAACGGAUAAGGACCCCCGUGUCCGACUUCUCAGGGUACAGCAGCUUGCUGGCCGACGUCGGCGAGCCCGCGAGCUCCGUCUCCAAAACACCAACCAGCCAAAGCUUCAGAUGAGACCACGCCUCAAAGUUAAAACCUAUUUUAUUUGAUUUAUUUUUUAUUUUUUUAAUUAUUCUGAUGCCAUGUUUGUGCCCACUCCUCUUUCACACCAGACAAUUUCAUGUAAAUGUCCUUUAUUUUUAUUUAUGGAAUACAACCGUGACAGUGCUUUUAAGUAAGUGUAGUAUUAUUUUUAUGA